UAAAAAUUUAUCUUAAAUAUAUUCAGGAAUUUUAAUAAUGUUCUUUAUGCAUUGUUAUGCUGCUUUAUGGGGUAAUAAAACAUACGCUAUAAGGCCAGAGAUGUUUUGACAACUCGAUCGCUAAAAUCUUGUGGCAAUUAAUUUCGUUUGGUCAAGUUAGCCAGAACGUGGCAGAAAUGAACGUCACAGUAAACAAAACAGAGUCAUAUGGUCAGGAGGAAACAAUCGCAUCAAUGGCAAUGUCAAUGAUGGGUGUCGUAAACAACAGUCUUCUUAUCAUUGUUAUUCUGGUGGAUCCUCUUCAUAUUAUAAGACGAGGACCAUGGAUAACUGUUCUUAGCUUAGCCUCAGCCGAUUUUAUUGCUUCUCUUUCAAAGUUCUUGACACUUGGAUUUGCAGCGGAGUUUGGUAUCGAAGUGUCAAAUGAAAUCAAGUCUGCUUGUUUAUACAUGUGGAUGCUUGGAGCGGCAGGCUCAUUUUUUCACUUGACAUCACUUACAUGGCAAACCCUUGCCACUGCCAAAUAUCCUAUACGUAGUCGACAGAUGUUAUCUACGAAGAAAGUUAUCAUCCUAUGCAUAACAAUGUGGUUUGUGGCCAGUUGCCUUGCUUUAGGAGAAAUUUCACAUGAAAUUUUUGAUAUUUCAUUCGAGCAGAUAAAAAAUUGACGUUUCACUUUGUCCUAACAACAACGAUUAAUUAAUCCAUGGCGAACUGUGUUUGUCAUUCUGUAGAAGUAUAUAAGUUAAUCAGCUAGUGAAAGAUGUUAAAAAUAUAAUAGUUCUAGCAAUACUAUGACGUCCAUUCACAAAACGAUCAUUUAAUUCGAUUGAUUGUUCACAAUGAGAGGUCUUGUGCUCCUUUGAGUUUUGACAAAUAGUGUUUUACAUCUGGGAUGUUGCAACUAUUGUAUUCCAUGUUAAAAAGUAUAGAACUAACUAUAUUUUGCUACUUCUACACUUUAAAGCACUACAAGUAAAUCGCAUGCAAACUGUGAUGCAUGCCAUAAAGACAUUUAUUAAAACCUUUCAAAACUGCGGUUAUGGAUCGAUCGAAUGUUAAAAAAGUCGUGUUGCUAUAAAUCUCUCAAAAGUAUUGAAGGUUGUGUGGUUUGCGUGAGAAAUCUUAUUGGAAUAAUAAACAAUAUGUCAUUAAUGAGAUAAAUUACUCUUUUUAACAGUUUAUUAUAAAUACAAGAAGAUAUCCACUGCAUGCAAAAUGUUUCUUCAAAGUAUGUCAUGUUCUAAAAAACGCACAUGCUUGAAUGUAAUCUACUUAAAACCUUUAUUAAUUAUUCAUAAUUGCACUAAUUUAA